AUGGAAAUGAAAAAAAACAGGAAGCCGAAUACUACUGACAGACAGAAAAAAUUACUGGUAGACUUUAUGGUUUUACAUCCUGAACUAGUUUCAGGAAAAAAUACAUCAAAGUCUACAGUAAAACAACGACAGAGGUUAUGGGAAAGUUUAGCAGAGGCGUUAAAUUCAGAAGUUGGCCCAAAUAAAUCUUGGAGUGAGUGGAGAAAGACAUGGUGUGAUUUAAAAACGAAUGUUAAGGGUAAGGCAGGCGCAAAUAGAAAAGAAAGGAAUAAAACUGGUGGUGGAGAAUUAGAUUUGGAGGUAUUUAGUGAGUUUGAGAACAAAAUACUGGAAAUGCUCGGUCCAACAAUUGUUGAAGGACAUACAUCAGUAGAUGAAAGUGCAGCUGAUAUUUCCUUUUUUGUACCACAUUCAUCAACACAAAGCUUAUUAAGCAAUUCAAAUAUGGUCUUGGUGAAUGAAGUUGUGCCUGUUGAAUCAGAUGAUACACCGGAUGAUGGUAAUCUUAUGUGGAAUGAUAGUUGCUUAAAUGGACUUGAAGAUCUUAUAGAAGAUUCGAAUAAAGUUGAUGAAAUUGAUGUUUGUGCUAGUGGCUACCCUUCAAAACAUUUACCAACCGUAUCUCAACCAUCAAUUAGAAAUGCAUAUAAAGUUAAGACAAAUUGUAAAUUAACCAAUUUACAAAAUACAGUUGCUGCUACAAAAUCAUUUGCUGCUAUAAGCCAAAAAAAAACAAAAAUUAAGGCCAGUUAUUAUGAGCGUAAAUUAUUAUUGCUGGAAAAAAUUGCUGCAGCCGAAGAAAAAAAAGCUGAAGCUUUGAUGAGUAUAGCUCAAAGUUUGGCAUCCAGACAAAAUUUGUAA